AAGAGAACCGAUUCCUUCAUCCAUUCUUGCAAAUCUCGCACUUUCGAGAAGGAUAUUUGAGCAAGUGGCCGCACUGGUGGUGAGGCAAGUGCAAUCCGGAGGACCGAUUGUGGUCAAGGCAGCUAUAUAAUGAGCUCUACUCAACUUGGGGGCUUUGCUUUACUCUUAUCUUUUCAAUGUGAACUUCUGAAGAGUUCAAAAAAUCUAUUUGACAUUCAUUCCUAUCCAGUCGACGAUAUUUGGACGGUCUGGUCACUCCAUACCUUCUCAACUCCCUACGACUACCACCAAAAUGCCGUCUUCCCAGGAAUGCUCUGAGGAUGCCCUGCCUGCGCCAGCGGCAGACUCAGAACAACAUGAGCAUGAUGCUACCGUUCAAGACGCCGACCCUGUAGGCUCCGUGGCUGAAUUCACACAUAUUCCAGCGAUGUUUGAGUCAUUGGAUGAUGAGCUGCUAGCGGGAGAAAGUGAAAUCACAACUGCCAAGCACGAGCCAUCCGACGAUCAGUUUCCCGUUCAGGCAUAUCCCACGCCUGAGUUGGACCCUGUCGCAGUGGAAAAUGCCCGCUUGGAAUAUGAAAAGUACAUGGAAGAGAUCAAGGACAAGCCCGCGCCUACUCCUCGCAUUGAGCGCGUCAAUGAGCCAGACCACUUUAUUGGCAAAGGUGUGGUCACCGGCGUCAGCUAUCACCUCAAUAAGACCCCCCGAGAGACUCUCCCCCGGCAACCCAGAAAUGGACAACGUCACAAUUCAUGCGUUCCCGACUACAAUGCCAACAAAACCAUUUGGGAAACACGAGAGGAGCGAUUAAAUGCUAUUGAUCAUCAAAAUGCCAUUCUCAAUCCUCGCGGCAGACUCUCGGAAUAUUUCGUUUGGGGGAUUGCAUACAACCCACCAGAUGAACUGUCCCAGGGACACAGAGCUGUCCACAUCGGCGUUCCGAUCGGAACUACGCUGAAGAGCAUUCUUGACAACAUCAACACGGGACCGAUUUACUCGGCGACUCUUUGUAACACAGUUGCAAUCACGGGAGGAUUGACUGCGUUUAUCAUUUUCGUUGAAGAAUCCGGAGCCAGUCUGUUGAAAUCCAAUUUAGCCAUGGAAUCUCUCAAGCCAGUGCACAUCACUUCUUAUCCAACAUGGCCAAUCAGCCCCACCAUGCUAAAGCAAAUCAGACAGGGCUGGACGCGCUGUCUAUCAAUCAGAGGUCUUCCAUCAGCAUUCUCUACAGGGGAUGUUUUUGAUAUGAUAGUUCAGCCCGGAUACAGCCAAGUGAAAGAAUUGCUUGAAGUCCAGCGCGACGCCCAGGAAUACUUCUUCGUGGAGUUUUCGUCCAUCACUGCGGCAGACAAAGUAUACAGAUUGAUGAGCGCACACUACAGAGGCAGCGAUGUAGCCGUCAGCUUUGGGGCUGAUCCAUGCUCCGUUCCUUUCCCCGUGACAUUCGGUGCCACACCGGACGAUUCUCCCGCAACUCUUACGCCGGCAUCUUCAUUUGGAAGCGAAGGCAGCGAUUCCACUGAUGAUAAGGCGGCUCUUAUUGCCAAAUACGGCCUACCUCCAAAGCUUCGUCUUCCGAGGGCCUUGCCUGAAGCCCAGAAGCAGAGCAUGAUGGCUGCGUCAAAUAUUUCUCAUUUCGCAAACAAUACACAACUUUUCAACUCCGUUGGUAAAGAAAAUGCGCAGGAUGCAUCCAGUACCAGAGUUGACGCCCAACAAUACAUGGCAGCUGCGGCAUUGAUACAGAUUCAUAGGGAAGAUGCCUCUCUCGCUGCUCAACAAACCAAGGCAGAUCCCGAGGCUGGCAGAGAUUUCUCGGAUCUUGUCCCAACUUUUGAAUACCAUGGAAGUGGGACUGGGUUCAAUUGGGCCGAUGAGAUGAUCGAGGAGGCUGCCGGGGAAGAAUAUGGAAACCCUUCGGCCCUCGAUAUCCUAGCGCAACAGGCUCUAGGUGCAAAAGUAUAUUGAAGUCUGCCAAGUCUGAGGGAGCGAUCAGUACAUUUCUCGGCUUAGGACGCCAAGAAUUCGCAAUGACAAUCUGGUAGCUGGUCUCGGCAAGGCGUUAGGAGUAUUUCGACGGAUGUGGCUGUUUUGAUGGGACUGCAAGUGCUUGCCAUGGAACUCGGAAACUAUUCAGGAGCAGAUUCUGGAAGCUACAUGAAAAUGGUUCAAACGACAUAGUUACAUAGUUGCAUACUGCUCCUUCCUAGGUUCAACAGAGCUUAUUCUACUCUGAGCGGGACCAUCGUGGCAAUCAGCUUGGAUUUUUAUUCAUGGAAGUUCCUACAAGGGGAGUUAUUUAUGGUGGUUGAGUAGUUAGCAAGGGUUUGGAGACAAAUUAUAAGAUCUACGAAAUUGAUGGGCGACAGUGGGAGAAUGGAUAACGGAGAUUGUAUCAUUAGACAGGACGCAACCAGACUUUCUUUUAUGCAAUGCAAUUGACCUAACUUUUGGC